AUGAGUGGCACAGGACUCGGAUGGCCCGCUUUAGUGCCACCAUACCGCAACCGCCUUGAAGAGUGGUUUAGAACGCCUGAGAAAUUGCAUGCCUCAUUCGACACGAGGGAAGAGCUUGUAUCAUUGCUUAGGGCUUGCGAUAACACGCUUCUUGAAAGUAGCCUGCAGUUGAUUGCGGAUGCACUUCUUGAAUGGCAUGCAGACAAUGCUCGCACAGUUGCGAGUGGGCGCAGGGAAUCAAGGAGGCGCUUGACAGAGUGCUUGCCCAGUGUCCCGGGAACUGGCCUUAGCUUGCAUGAGCAUUACAAUCAGAUUGCACUUCAGAGUCCACUUGCGUUGCUUCCGGUUCUUCGCAAGCGGAAGUUAGCUACUGAUAGGGUCGUAGAUCGCGGUGCCAGGGCCACUGAGGAGAUACGGCUUCGGCAGGAGUAUGCAUUGCGUCUUGCAGCCAUCAUGCAGGAGGCGCAACUGCCGGUGUGCAAGGUGCUUGCAGGGGUCAGCAAUGCCGAGGAAGCCUGGCCACGGCUGUUCGGGACCCGUCGAUCCAAGACAUUGAGAAAUCGCUUUAGAGCUUGGGACAAGUUUCGGGAAUGGUUGCUUUAUAGCCGUGGCAGGAGCUAUCCGGAAGGGGUAGCUGAUGUGCUAGAUUAUGCCAAUGAACGAUUCCAGGAAGGAUGUGGAAAGACAGUUCUCGAAAGCCUGCAAGCCUCUCUCAGUGUAAUUGAAGGUGUAGGGCGCGUGCCGUCUACGCAGCAGAUAUCUCAGGAUCCCACAUGGCAGGCGCAGCUCAAAAGUUACACGGCCGAUUUGGUUUCGGCGGCACCGCCGGAGCAGCCAGCCAGCAUGCUCACUGUUGCUAUCGUUCUUGCAUGUGAGAUCUUCGUUUGCACGCCCGGGGAGCCUAGUUACUUGAGAGCAUUGGGCUUUGUCUGCUUAUUGAUGGUUUGGGGAUCGCUUCGGGCUGAUGAUGUUCAGGGGCUCUUGCCGCAGACCAUGCUUCUGGACGAGCGAGGGCUUAGCAUUGAUCUCGCGCGGUCCAAGACUACAGGGCCCGACAAAAGGACCCACACCGUCAAGGUCUUCGUGGAACGGAGUAUCUCUCUGACAGGGCAUGAUUGGCUGAAGGUCGGAUAUGCACUUUGGAAGGAUUUCGAUUUUGAGAGGGAUUAUCUGGUUUUGAAGGCCAAUGAAGGUUUCACGGAACCCCUGGAGAAGUCGGUGCCUUCCUCCACGGUGGCCCUUUACUUCCGCAAAGUUCUCAGUGAGUUGAAAACGCCCAAGCGUGAGGGGCGCACAUGGAAGGCCAAUGAUCAGCGUCCGCUGCUCCCGGGAUACACUUCCAGUCAUUUUACGGGACAUUCUGCGAGGAACUUCCUUAGCUCGGUCGGAGCGGCCAUCGCUGUCGACCCCAGGGAGCUUGAUUAUCUGGGUCGCUGGAAGGUAGGUGGCGAAGGUUCUGCAACCUACAUUCGCACUUCUAGGCAGGUUGUGCAUCGUCUCCAGAGUCACAUUGCUUGUUCCCUUGUCACCGGACAGCCAAAGCACUACAUCGAGGUGGAUUCCAUCAAGGCUUUGACGGAUUAUGCAGCUAAGGCGGGGGAGAGCGAAUCUCAGGUUCGUCGCCGUCACACCCUCCUCGAGGGAUCCAAAGGCUUGGGCGGGUCGUGGCCAACUCUGGCAUUGGAAGUGGGUGUUGCGGCACCACCUUCUCCAGUCGAGCAGGUUUCGAUGCCAGGCAGCCGGGGGGAUUACUUCAUCGUUACCUCUCGCACCACAGGCCUGAGGCGUCUGCACAUGUUGGGCUGCUAUGUCAAGCCUGAGAAUUGUUAUGAUGUGAAAUUUGUCAGUCAUGUCGGCGCGGAGGACGUCGAUAACAUUUGCAAAGAUUGCAAAGCAAGAAUGAAGGCUCAGGCCGGAGAGGAGGAAUCAGACCCCUCCAGCAGUGACAGUGGGAGCGAGUCGAUGCGAUUCCAGGCAAUCGCCGAUUCCCGGCCGGAAGCUCGGGCUGCUGGGAAGGCGGACUUUGGUCUUGAUGAUGGGGCUGCUGAUGGGCGACAACAAAUCGCGGGGGUCGUCGCUGCAUGGGAACUUGCACGCGACGUAAUCAGCAAAGAGACGGAAACACGAGCAGAGGCGAAAGUGUUAGGCCAGCCGCGAAUCUUGCAAGUCACAGAGAGGCAAGCAAUGCUCAAGGCGGUAGCGGCCGUUCACGGGCAGCUGGGAGAGUCGGAGACUCCAUCGUCUGAGUACCUCGCUCUCAAGUGCGAGGAGUGCGAAGCCAAUGAGCCUCAGGCUUCAACCUUGGAUGCCAUAACUUCGAAGAAGAACACGCUCACCACGAGCAUCCAGUCCAGCCUUGACGCUUCGGGGCGAAUUCAUAUUACUCAGCACAAAUCCAAGAGCGAGCUCCCGACUACUACAGAAGCUUAUCGCAAGGUCCUUCGCGUGGAAGCUUUCACGUGGCUAUGCAUGGCAUCCCGCUUUAAAUCCAAGCAAUGGCUUCAGGAUCUUAAGCUGUCUGACUUCGACCACUUCGUGAACUACAUCCUUGGCGAAAAGGUCGCUCAGCUCUCAGUGCCUACGUCUCAUCAGCCAGCCGAUGAGACCUACUUCACGACGCCGCUCGCCUUGUCCAUCAUUGAGCGACCACGCAAGUGGCACAAAGGCAAGGGCAAGGGUGAUGUGGGCUCUUACCUUCAGUCACUGGGCAAUGUCACUAAUCUUCUUCAGUUCGAUCUUCAGCGCUCCACGGAGCAUGACUUGACUAAGGAAGGCUUGUGGCAGCACAUCUUUCAAUUGCUUGGCGAAGGGGAUUGGAUCCUCAUUGUGGAGCAGGCUAAUUAUUUUCUUGAUCAGACCGUGACGGCAUGUCAACUUGCAUGGCAGUAUGUUCUGGAGCACCCGGAGGAUCUCGGCGCAACGCCGGAUCACGAGUUACCGGCUUCCAUCUGGCAGCUACCAGCUCUGCGUGAGCUCCAGGUUUCCACUCAGGCCAUCACUUUUGCUUUCUUUCAAUGCAGCUUUGAGGCUCCCACUUCCAAACCCACACGCCUUCUCACUAAUCUACGGGCCUUUGUCGAGCAGCCUCCGCCUUUUGCUUCCUGGCCACGCUUCGACUCCAGUGAUCGCUACGUGGGGCCGUUGCCGCCACGCUGCCCGCACGGGAAACAUGACAAAGUACUUGCAGGCCGGGAAGGCUCCCGCUGGGCGACCGAGUCAUCAGCAGCCUAUCCUCCUCUGUUGUGUGAAUGGCUUGCGCAUGCUGUGCUUGCUUCCGCUUCGCAGGGGGGACUUGGGUCAGCGCCGCACAGCUCCGUUCCAGGUGAGGCAGGUCCAAUGCAGGAAUCCCACGAGGCGACGCAGGAGGUGCAUCAGGAUUUAUGUGAAGUGCCGCAGGGGCUGCACCAGGUGGUUUCCGAUAGGGUAGAGGCGGUUACUGAUAGGGUAGAGGCGGUUGGCUUGAUCGAGUCGGAAGCACCUCCUUCCACUUUGUUGCCGUCGCCAGACUCUUCGGGGUCCGCGUGCAAAGGCUUCCCGGCUUCCACAGAAGCUUUGGCAUCCUUCGUGCGUAGCAACAUGCCCGGGCACCCCUUUACCACGAUUAGCCUUUACCUUAACACUGGCACCAAGCCCCACAAAGACUCCAGGAACGCACCUUUGCCCAAUGGGAUAAUAGGGGUUACUGACUUCGUAGGAGGAGAGAUCUGGGUCGAGGCCCAGGAUGGGGAGUCUGUUCAGAUUGUUGACGGUAAGCGCUUAAGUGGUCACCUUCUUCCGAUCAGUGAGACACCCACCUACAUACAUGCCUACCGCGAUCUUCACCUCACAAUGCCCUGGAAAGGUAAGAGAUUAGUCAUCAUAGCUUUCAGUGUAUCGGAGCAUACUCAGGCAUGCGAUGAGGAUCUCGCGUUUCUUCGCGGGCAUGGUUUCGUCCUUCCGGGCGAAGAGCACAGUGUUGAUCUUGAGGCGGUCCAGUCAGAUGAUUCGGAGGUGCUGGAGGGGGGUGAGGUCGAAAGGCCGGAGCCCUUCAAGCAUCAGGAGUGCCACAACAUCGGGCUGCCUUUGAACCUCGAGUGGGAUGGCAAAACUCAGCCGAUCACGGCUUUGGAGUUCGCCACUGCCAUGCAUCAAGUGCUUCGAGACUUUGUAGCGGACGUUGUGCCUGAUAUCAAGCGCACGGCGAUGGAGCUUGCGCUAGGCAAGUGUACGGAUCUUGAUGUGGUGCCGAGUGGCCAGCCAUUCUUCUUGCAUGCUGAGGACUCCUAUGUCAGCGGGGUCGCGAUCGGUUAUGACUGCCCCGUCGCCGCAGCAAGAUCGGUCAAAAGAGAAGGCGUGGCCUUCCGCACUGAUGCAAAGUGCGCGGACGGGUACGUGGUCCUUGGGGGUUGGGAUUGCGCAGGCACAACUCAGGAGUCCAGAUGGUUCUCACUUCGACUUACUCCCUCAGAGGCCCCUUACCUCUUCGACUCAGAAGGUCACAGUCAGUGGGCUUCGGCAUCGGCUGAAUUGCUGGCCACGCUGGCUGCACUGCACAUCUUCGGUCACCUUGAAGCCGGGCCAACUAGGCGUUUGAUGAAGGUUGAGGUUCUAGCUCAGACGGAUAAUAAGUCUAACGAGGGCUUGACUCGCAAGGGUUCUACAACGCGCUGGCCCUUGCUCAUGGUUAACAUGCAGCUCACCCAUGUUCUCAUGAAGGCCGGCUUGCGGUUGAACUUGGGAUGGCGUCCACGGGACGAAAAUCAGGAGGCCGAUGAUUUAACCAACGAAAUCUUCGACCGUUUCUCUGAGGAGUUGCGGGUCCCAGUGCAGUACUCCGAAUUGCCGCUUUCCUUUCUUCACACUCUUUACGAAGCCAGGCGUUCACAGCUGAGCAGCCGUGAAGUGGAUUCCAUCCGCGACACGGUCGGUGGCAGGCCACGCUUCAGAGGCAAGAGAAAGAGAGAGAAGUCUCCUUGGUGA